CUCGCUAGGGUCCCCAAUAACAGAGCUCCUACCAGGUCAGACAGACGGACAGGGCGGGCGACUCGCUAGGGUCCCCAAAUAACAGAGCUCCUACCAGGUCAGACAGACGGACAGGGCGGGAGACUCGCUAGGGGAUGAAGUCAGUAUAGGGGACACACACAUUCAGUCUGAUUAUAAAUACUAUCUAUUAUUUCUAAAGUAAUAUAAAAUAAAAAAAGGUAUAGAGAAUAGACCACCCCCGAAGAGCCAAGUGUAUACCUAUAGGAACAAUAUACUCUAUAUAGGCCUAUUCUAGUGAACUUUGAAUGGAAAUAUAGGCUAUGUUCUUACACAUCCGUGUAUAUCCAGGUAAAAGACAGCGACGUAAAUGCACAUUUAAUUGUUGAGCCAACAACCAUAUAGUGUUUGGGAUGUGUAUCCAUGCGCGGGCCCAUUUCACAUCCAGAAAUGGCUGCACGUUUAGGCUACACGUCCUAAUUGAAUGUGUAAUGUAGGCCUAUAGAUCCGAACCCAAUUUAAUACUAAUCAUGCUACCACCACUAAUAUCAAUAAUAAACUCUGCAAUUUAGCACUUGAUACACUUAUUCGUGGGAAAAGUAUAUAAAGAGUGACCUCUGGUAAAUGGAAUGGAUGGAUGGGGGGGCUGUUAAAACUGUGUCUGUGCGGAAGCUUUGAAGUGCAGUUAUGCACCGAUGUGUUUCCUAUGUGUCUAUAGAACACGGCAUUCAAUGACAUGGUUGGCGCAUUUUCACAGUGAAACGUUACCAACAGAACAAAUCUGUCAAUCAAACACAACGACACUAUAAAUGUCUUUACGAUCCAGUCACAGAGCUCAGUUGCAUCUAGCGUACUCUUUCUCUCUCUUUCUCUGACCGCCCGUCUCGGUAUUUACGCUUGGGAUACUCCACGGAAGCCGUUGUUUUGGACGCAGAAGACGCAUUAGCUGCCAUGGGACCGUGCAAGCUGCUGACAUCACUGGUCCUGUCCAUGUGUUGUCAUGUUCUGUACGCUACAGCAUGGUCGGUGAAUAACUUCCUGAUGACUGGACCAAAGGCCUAUCUGACGUAUGCCAGUAGCGUGCAGGUGGGCGCACAGAGCGGGAUUCAGGAAUGCAAACACCAGUUCGCUUGGGACAGGUGGAACUGCCCCGAGAGCGCGCUCCAACUAUCAGCUCAUGGACUGCGCAGUGCCACAAGAGAGACGUCUUUCGUUCACGCCAUCAGUGCUGCGGGGGUGAUGUACACUCUCACCAAGAACUGUAGUAUGGGGGAUUUUGAUAACUGUGGAUGUGAUGACUCCAAUAUUGGGCAGAUAGGUGGUAGGGGUUGGAUCUGGGGGGGCUGCAGUGAUAACGUGAAAUUUGGGGAGAACAUGUCCAAACAGUUCGUGGAUGCGCUGGAGAACGGGCACGACUCGCGCGCAGCUGUAAACCUGCACAACAAUGAAGCCGGUAGACUGGCGACCAAGGCGACCAUGAAGCGAGCCUGUAAGUGCCACGGCGUCUCCGGGAGCUGCUCAGUUCAGACCUGCUGGAUGCAGCUGUCUGACUUCAGAGACAUCGGCAACUACCUCAAAGUCAAACACGACCAGGCGCAGAAACUGGAGAUGGACAAGAGGCGGAUGAGGUCGGGGAACAGUGCCGACAACAGGGGCGCCAUCGCGGACGCGUUCAGCAGCAUCGCCCGGAUGGAGCUCAUUUACCUGGAGGAAUCUCCAGACUACUGUACCAAGAACAAGAGCCUGGGGCUCCAGGGCACCGAGGGGAGGGAGUGUCUGCAGGGGGGAAAUAAUCUCUCCCAGUGGGAGAGGAAGAGCUGCCGCCGGCUGUGCCAUGAAUGCGGCCUGAGGGUCGAGGAGAGGCGGAUUGAGAUAGUCAGCAGCUGUAACUGUAAGUUUCACUGGUGCUGCACGGUCAAGUGCGAGCGGUGCACGCAGGUCGUGACCAAAUACUACUGCGCGCGCAGGGAGAGAGUGCGCAGGCCUCAGAACAGCACAAGGAAAAGUGGGAGAAGGCCCCGCGUGCAGCGCAGUUGAUUUGCGCCUGUACAGACUGUGGUUAUCUAUACUUGAGGAUAACUAUGAAGUGGACAGCUUAUUUUAAUAUUCGCUAUUUAAACAUGUUUUAUUACAGUUCAUUUUAUCCAUGUUCAUCUGUCUGGGAUUGUAUGUCUUGUAUGUUGUUACCCAAACAUUUUACACGUGAUUUCUCCUGUAACUUGUUUAUGAUCAACAUAUCUUCUCAUCCAUCCCACAUCGGGUGACGAACUAUUUCCACUUUUGUCCCUUAUUUAAAAUGCACUUUAUAGGCUCUAACAUUUUGACAAUCGAAUAGAUAUGUGAUAUGUUCUAAAAAUAUAUAUAUUCCUUUGAUAAAUGUGUGUUUAUCAUCACAAUGUUAUUUUGUUCAUGCACGUUUAAGUUUACUUGUCACUUUGGAGAAAUAUGGGUGUCUAAAUGGGUUAGAGGCCUAUGCGUACAUUCGGUGUGCCCUUUUUGAUAUCAAUUAUGACAUUGUUUUAAGUGUCAUUAUCACAUGUUUUUA